UGACAUUCUAGUAAGUGUAAACAUCAACUCUGACUGAAACAUAAACCAUUUAGUGAGUCAAAUGUUAAUAUCUUGAAGCAUUUAGACUCUCAUGCUUCUUGUUUUUGCGAAUCUUCCUUGAUAGGAAUAGACGGAGUCGCCACUUGCGAGGCUCUCUCUGGUACGGAAUGAACUUUCUGUGCUAUCAGCUGUUUGUUGGAGGCCUAUUGUUAAUUACAGCGCACGAAGGGCGGACCACAGCUUGGAGGAAAGCAAGGCAGCUUGACGAAUUCUUCGAUAUCCCAGGAUCAUGUCCACAAGGGUGGAUAGGAUUCAGUGGAUCUUGUUAUUUACCCUAUGUUAACGGCAAGACUUGGCAAGAAGCAAACGAGACUUGUCGUGAAAUGGACUCGCACUUGGCUUUAUCCAAGAGCGUCACAGAAAACGAAUUCAUAGCCGUAGAAGUUGCCAGACCAGAAGCUCGAGUCUGGAUAGGUCUUAAGCGGAACCAGGGUGAAUUUGUUUGGAGUGAUGGCAGCAAAUCUGAGUUUACAAACUGGGCUAAUCGGGAGCCCAAAGAUGCUUCAGUGACGGGCAGAGAUUGUGUAACUCUGCUUUCUGAAGACAUUUUCUACUCGUGGGAAGUAAGAGGUUGUGAAGAAAGACAGUCGUUCAUCUGCGAGAGAGAUCAAGACGAAUGUUUGACAGAGCUUGGAAAUUGUACGGCAAACGCCAGGUGUGUAAAUACAGAGGGAUCUUUCUACUGCGAAUGUAGCAAUGGAUAUGUUGGGAAUGGAACCACUUGCGAAGAUAUUGACGAAUGUAACUUACCUGGAACGAGUGUCUGCGAUUCCAACGCCGGAUGCAAUAAUACUGACGGUUCUUUCAUCUGCUCGUGUAACAGAGGCUUCACUGGUGACGGCCUAAACUGCACAGAUGUAAACGAGUGUACAGAGGGCAGUUUUGAAUGUCUCCCCGGAGCCGUGUGUGUCAACACCGUAGGAUCUUACAAGUGCCAGUGCAGCUUGGGUUUUUCUGGAGAUGGCAGGAAUUGUACUGAUAUCGACGAAUGUCAAACACCGGAGUCCCACAACUGUGAUGUCAACGCGCUUUGUACAAAUAUAGAUGGUUCGUAUGUGUGCCGCUGCAAAAGAGGAUACGAAGGAGAUGGAAGACAAUGCAAGGAUAUUGACGAGUGCUCCGUCGGUUCAGUCAACUGUGGGCAGGCGGCUGAAUGUCUGAACUCCAACGGAAGCUUUACUUGCCAGUGUCAGGUGGGAUAUCAAAAGUCCGGAAACAACUGCACAGAUAUCGACGAAUGCAGUUCACCUGGUGCCAAUAAAUGCAACGCAAAUGCGAUGUGCACCAAUACCGAGGGCUCUUAUGUCUGUCGCUGCAAGAAAGGAUUCAAAGGCGACGGACUGACCUGCACGCCAACAGAGCCUCCGUUCAUUUGCAAUCCCAUGUGUGACGUCAAUGCUAAUUGCAAGAACUUCACAGGAACUCCUAGCUGCAUGUGCAAGGUGGGGUUUGAUGGCGAUGGUGUCAAAUGUACAGACAUUGACGAAUGUUAUCUCCCUGGUGGUAACGAGUGUGACUCCAACGCCUUAUGCACAAAUACUGAUGGAUCCUACAUUUGCCGCUGUCUCAAAGGUUAUGAAGGAGAUGGCAGAGCUUGUACAGAUACAGACGAAUGUGCAAGUUCGGAUAGGAACAGCUGCGACCUGAAUGCGGUUUGCACCAACACAGAUGGCUCUUACGUUUGUCGCUGUCUAAAAGGAUUUUCAGGAGACGGGAAAUCUUGCAGACCGACAGAGGGAGUAUUUUGCGAGCCUCCUUGUACCGGAAACGAAGUGUGUCAAAAUUUUACCGGAAUUCCAGACUGCGUGUGUGCUGAUGGAUUUAGUGGGGAAGACAACUGCACAGAUGUUAACGAAUGUACAGACGAAGGCAACAAUGAGUGUCACCGCAACGCCCUUUGCACCAACACGGAGGGAUCUUACGUUUGUCGCUGUCUAAGCGGGUUUGAAGGAGAUGGCCUAAGCUGUGUAGCUGUUACACCGAUUUGCUCUCCACCGUGUGGUCUAAACUCGUUCUGCCAGGAAGGGGUGUGUGUGUGCGAUCCUGGUUUUCAAGGCGACGGAUACAACUGCACAGAUUUCAACGAAUGUGCGAGUCCAGAUACAAACGAGUGUAAUCGCAAUGCUUUGUGCACCAACAUUGAAGGAUACUAUAUCUGCCGCUGCCUCAGGGGUUACCAAGGGGAUGGCCGCUUUUGUGCCGAAAUCGAUGAGUGCGCACGUUCUGAAUCAAAUGAGUGUGAUCCAAACGCCAUGUGUACAAACACUGAAGGAUCCUAUACCUGCCGAUGUAUCAAAGGCUUUAAGGGUGAUGGAAAAAAUUGCACAGACAUCGAUGAGUGCGCACGUUCUGAAUCAAAUGAGUGUGAUCCAAACGCCAUGUGUACAAACACUGAAGGAUCCUAUAUCUGCCGAUGUAUUAAAGGCUUUAAGGGUGAUGGAAAAAAUUGCACAGCUGUUUUACCCGGCUGUUCUCCAUCAUGCAGUCUUAACGCGUUUUGCCAGGUUGGUAGCGGAUUCCCCGUUUGUACCUGCAAGUCUGGUUACCAAGGCGAUGGAUACAACUGUACAGAUGUCAAUGAGUGCGAUAAUCCUGAUAGAAACGAGUGUGACUCUAAUGCUCUGUGUACCAACAUUGACGGGUCCCACAUCUGUCGCUGCAUUCGAGGUUACGAGGGUGAUGGCAAGAACUGCAGUGACGUGAAUGAAUGUCAAAGUUCAAAUGAAUGUGAUCCAAAUGCGAUGUGCACAAACACUGAAGGAUCUUAUGUCUGCCGAUGUAGCAAAGGUUUUAAGGGUGAUGGACGAAACUGCGCAGCGGUUGCAGCCGGCUGUUCUCCAUCGUGUGGUCAAAACGCGGUUUGCCAGGAAGACGAUGAAUCCUCUGUAUGCUCCUGCAAGUCUGGUUACCAAGGUGAUGGAUAUAACUGCACAGAUGUCGAUGAGUGCGCCAGUCUAGGUGCCAACGAAUGUGACACCAAUGCCUUGUGUACCAACACUGAAGGAUCUUACAUAUGUCGCUGUAUUCAAGGUUACAAAGGUGAUGGCAGGAGAUGUACAGAUGUUGAUGAAUGUGGAAAUGUUGACCAGUGCGACUUGAACGCUAUUUGCACAAACACAGAAGGGUCUUACGUCUGCAGAUGCAUAAAAGGUUUUGAAGCGGAUGGUAGAAACUGCACAGCUGUCCCAAUUGGCUGUUCACCUUCGUGCGGUCCUACUGCGUUUUGCCAGGAGGUUGAUGCAGCUCCAAAAUGCGUUUGUGAUACUGGUUACCAAGGUGACGGAUACAACUGCACAGAUCUUAAUGAAUGCGAUAACUCCGAUGGGAACGGAUGUGAUCCCAACGCUCUGUGUACCAAUACUGAUGGAUCGUAUACUUGUCGCUGUAUCCGAGGUUACCAAGGUGACGGCAAGACAUGUACAGACAUAAAAGAAUGUUCAAAUCUUGAAGAAAACGAAUGUGACCCAAACGCACUUUGCACCAACACAGACGGGUCUUAUGUUUGUCGCUGCUAUAAGGGCUUUGAAGGGGAUGGUACAACCUGUACAGCAAUUAUUGAUGCCAUCUGUGAUCCUCCUUGCACCGGAAACAAAGUUUGUGAAAAUUUCAGCGGUAUUCCUGAUUGUAUUUGUGCCGAAGGUUUCAGUGGAGAGGAUAACUGUACUGACAUCAACGAGUGCAGUAAUGAAGACAGUAAUGAAUGUAAUUCCAACGCCUUAUGUACCAAUACUGAAGGAUCCUAUUUAUGUCGAUGUAGAAGAGGCUACGUUGGUGACGGUAAAAACUGCUCAGACCUUGAUGAAUGCACGAAUGUUAAUGACUGUGACCCGAAUGCGAUCUGCACCAACACUGAAGGCUCCUACGUCUGCCGCUGCGUCAAGGGUUUCAUGGGUGACGGAAGAAACUGUACAGCCGUUACAACUACCUGUUCGCCACCUUGUGGGAAAAAUGCGGUUUGUGAAGCAGCUGACGGGUCUCCUACGUGUGUUUGUAAAUUUGGCUACCAAGGUGACGGAUACGUUUGCACAGACGUAAACGAAUGCACCGAAGAAGAGAAAAACGAGUGCCAUCUCAACGCUCUAUGUACUAACACUGAAGGAUCUUAUGUUUGCCGCUGUUUGAGAGGAUAUCAAGGAGAUGGAAGAAAUUGCACAGCCGUCGUUCCCGGCUGUUCUCCUUCAUGUGGUCCGAAUGCUUUUUGCCAGGAACCUGAUGGACUUUCUUACUGUGAGUGUAAUGCUGGUUACCAAGGCGACGGCUACAAUUGCACAGAUAUUGAUGAAUGUUUGCUUUCUGAAGCCGUGAGCGGUUGUCAUUCAAGCGCCCUGUGCACCAACACAGAGGGAUCUUAUCUGUGCCGCUGUCUAAGAGGAUACGAGGGUGAUGGAAGAAACUGUGCAGAUAUUGACGAGUGUAAACGACCUGGAAACAACGACUGCGACACAAAUGCACUGUGUACUAAUACCGAAGGCUCGUACGUGUGUCGCUGCUUUAGAGGUUUUAGCGGAGAUGGUAAAAUAUGUGAAGAGAUAGAAGAUAUUGUUUGCGAUCCACCCUGUACCGGAAAGAAAGUUUGUCAAAAUUACAUAGGAUUUCCAGAAUGUGUGUGUGCAGAUGGCUUCAGCGGGGAAGACUUUUGCACAGAUAUCGAUGAAUGUGCCGAUAAGGACCGAAAUGAGUGUGAUCCAAACGCUCUUUGCACUAACACUGAAGGGUCUUACGUAUGUCGCUGUCUAAGGGGAUAUGAAGGGGACGGCAGAAAUUGCACAGCAGUAACUCCUGGCUGUUCUCCGUCAUGUGGCACAAAUGCCUUUUGUCAAGAAAGUGGUGAAUUUUCUUUCUGUGAUUGUAAAGCUGGUUACUUGGGUGACGGAUAUAACUGCAGUGACGUUGACGAGUGUACAAGUUUUAAUUUAAAUAGCUGUGACGUGAACGCCCUGUGCACAAACACUGAGGGUUCUCACAUUUGCCGCUGUUUAAGGGGCUACAUCGGAGAUGGAAGAACCUGUACAGAUGUCGACGAAUGCGCCAACAAAGAUCAAAACGAUUGUAGUCCGAAGUCUCUUUGUACUAACACUGAAGGCUCCUAUGUCUGUCGCUGUCUAAAAGGCUAUAAUGGAGAUGGAAGAAAUUGCUCAGACGCCGACGAAUGUAUUGAUGAAGACAACAACGAGUGUCAUCCAAACGCCCUUUGUACUAACACAGAAGGAUCUUACGUUUGUCGCUGUUUGAGAGGAUAUGAAGGAGAUGGAAAAAACUGCACAGCCAUUGUACCAACCUGUUCUCCAUCUUGUGGGCUAAACGCCCUGUGUCAGGGAGGAGAAUGUGUCUGUAAUAUUGGUUUCAAAGGUGACGGAUACAAUUGCUCAGAUGAGGAUGAGUGUGCUUCACCGGCAACCAACGCAUGUGACCCAACCUCUUUGUGCACCAACACAGACGGCUCGUAUAUAUGCCGCUGUUUAAAGGGCUAUGCAGGGGAUGGAAGGACAUGCACAGACGUAGAUGAAUGCGGAGGUGCUGCGAAUAACGAUUGCGAUCCCAACGCUUUGUGCACCAACACGAAAGGAUCAUAUGUGUGUCGCUGCUUCAAGGGUUUCAAAGGAGAUGGUAAAACUUGUACAGAAGAGUUUUCUUGCGACCCACCUUGUGGUGAGAAUAAAGUUUGUCAGAAUUUUACUGGCGUAGCCGAAUGCGUGUGUGUAGAUGGUUUUACAGGAGAAGAUAAUUGCACAGAUAUCGAUGAAUGUGUUAGUGCAGAUAGUAACGACUGUGGCCCUCUUUCCUUUUGCACCAACACCGAGGGAUCUUAUGUAUGUCGCUGUCUUAGAGGGUACGAAGGGGAUGGCGAACGUUGUAUAGAUGUAGAUGAAUGUGCAACUACUGAUGGUAACGAUUGUGACCCCAAUGCCCUAUGCACCAACACUGAGGGAUCUUACGUCUGCCGCUGUAUUCAAGGAUAUGAGGGAGAUGGACUGAACUGUACUGAUACUGACGAGUGUACAAGGCCUGAAUUAAAUGGAUGUGAUGCCAAUGCUUUGUGUACCAAUUCUGAAGGCUCUUACGUCUGUCGCUGUCUCCGAGGUUACGAAGGCGAUGGAAGAUCUUGCUCUGAUUCCGAUGAAUGCGAGAAUUCUGAAACAAACAAUUGCCAUUUGAACGCCUUGUGCACUAACACUGAGGGCUCCUAUGUUUGCCGCUGUCUUAGAGGUUAUAGGGGAGAUGGCACGAGUUGUACAGAUGUUGACGAAUGUGCGAAUGUUGAAACCAACGAGUGUGACUCCAACGCUCUGUGUACGAACACUGAAGGAUCCUUUGUCUGUCGCUGUUUCAAAGGAUAUGAAGGGGACGGCAGAAAUUGCACAGCUUCUGAGUUGUUGGUUUGUGACCCACCAUGUGGGAGGAACGCAUUUUGUCAGAAUAGCAGUGGAGUUCCUGAUUGUACAUGCCAGGAAGGUUACACUGGUGAAGGAGACUGUGAAGACAUUGAUGAAUGUGCAAAUGAAAUUGAAAAUAACUGUGAUCGUAACGCCCUGUGUACGAACAUCGACGGUUCGUACGUCUGUCGCUGUCUGCGGGGCUACGAAGGUGAUGGCAGAGAAUGCAAAGAUGUUGAUGAGUGCGCAAGUCCUGAGAAUAACGACUGUCAUUCCAACGCACUUUGCACUAAUACUGGAGGUUCUUAUGUCUGCCGCUGUCUAAGAGGGUAUAGUGGUGAUGGGAAAAAUUGCACAGACAUUGAUGAGUGUACAAUUCCCGAAAGAAACGAAUGUGAUCCCAACGCCUUGUGCACUAACAUCGAGGGUUCUUACGUCUGUAGUUGUGUCAGGGGGUUUACUGGAGACGGAAGAAACUGUUCAGAUAUUGAUGAAUGUGGGGAUCCUGACACCAACGAAUGUGACCCCAACGCUCUUUGUACCAACACUGAAGGAUCCUACGUCUGUCGUUGCCUAAGAGGAUAUAAGGGAGAUGGCAAAAACUGCACAGAAAUUGAAGAGAUAGUUUGUGAUCCGCCGUGCAGUAAAAACGCAGUGUGUAAAACCAGCGGUAGAGUUGCUGAAUGCAUAUGUUUGGAUGGUUUUACCGGUGAAGAUAAUAACUGUACAGACAUAAAUGAAUGUGCACGUAACGAUGACAACAAGUGUGACGUCAAUGCCCUCUGCACCAACACAGAAGGAUCUUACGUUUGUCGCUGUUUUCAAGGUUACAGGGGUGACGGGCGGUUUUGCAUAGACGUCGACGAGUGUAAUUCUACUGAAGCAAACCAGUGUGAUCCAGGCGCCUUAUGCAUCAACGCAGAUGGAUCCUAUACUUGUCGAUGUCAGAGAGGAUAUAUUGGAGAUGGAAAAAACUGUACAGAUGUCGAUGAAUGUGUGACUCCUCAGUCAAAUGAGUGUGAUACCAACGCCAUAUGUACCAACACUGAAGGAUCCUAUGUCUGUCGAUGUCGUAAAGGCUAUGUGGGUGACGGAAGAAACUGCACAGAUACUGACGAGUGUGCAAGUCCAGAAUCAAAUGAAUGUAACUCUAACGCCAUUUGCACCAACACUGAAGGAUCCUAUGUCUGUCGUUGUAAAAGGGGAUUUUUUGGAGACGGUGUGAAUUGCACAGAUACUGACGAAUGUAAAAGUCCGGACUCAAAUCAGUGUGACCCCAAAGCUAUUUGUACUAACACCGACGGGUCUUACAUCUGCCGUUGUGUCAAAGGUUAUAUGGGAGAUGGCCUCAACUGUACAGAUAUCGACGAAUGCAACAAUCCUGAAUUAAAUGAAUGCGAUCCCAACGCUGUGUGUACCAACACUGAGGGAUCGUAUGUCUGUCGCUGCAACAGUGGAUAUCAGGGCGAUGGUAUAAAUUGCACAGUCGUAGUACCUGGUUGUUCUCCAUCUUGCGGUCCAAACGCAUUUUGUCAGGACAGCGAUGGAUUUUCUAAAUGCGUAUGCAAUGCUGGUUUCCAGGGAGACGGUUUUAACUGUACUGAUCUGAAUGAAUGCGAGAAUCUUGAUCUUAACGAAUGCGAUUCCAACGCUCUCUGUACAAAUGCGGAAGGUUUCUACAUCUGCCGUUGUCUUAGAGGAUAUGAGGGAGAUGGUAGAUUUUGCGAAGAUAUUGAUGAAUGUGUGGCUGCUGAGUCAAAUGACUGUGGAGGUAAUGCCCUGUGCACCAACACAAACGGAUCAUACUCUUGCCGCUGUUUAGUUGGUUACCAAGGAGACGGCGUGAACUGCACAGAUAUUGACGAGUGUGUUACAAACGAUACCAACGAAUGCGACCCCAAUGCGUUGUGCACUAACACUGAAGGAUCCUAUAUCUGUCGCUGCCUCGCUGGAUACAUUGGGGACGGAAGACGUUGUAAAGUUCAAGGAUGUGAUCCGAUAUGCGGCGAUAAUUCUGACUGCGUGGAUGAUGAUUUCUUUCCUUACUGUUUAUGUUCAAACGGAUACACUGGGGAUGGCUACAAUUGCACAGAUGUAAACGAAUGUGAACAAGGAGAGAACGUUUGUCAUGUCAAUGCCCUGUGUUCCAACACCCAAGGAAGCUAUGUGUGUCAGUGCAAGCCAGGUUUUAAUGGCGAUGGCAGGACUUGUGAAGAUGUUGACGAAUGUGCGGAGAAUGAUACAUGCAUUGCCAAUGAAGUGUGCGUGAACACGAUUGGAUCCUAUUCGUGUAGCUGCGCCCCUGGGUACACUGGUGGGGAAGGGAACUGUCAAGAUAUUGAUGAUUGUGAAAGUUCUGACAGAAAUGAAUGUGAUUCCAAUGCUCUUUGUAUCAACGCUGACGGAUCUUACAGUUGUCGCUGCUUUGGGGGAUAUGAAGGCGACGGUAGAAAUUGCACAGAUACUGAUGAAUGUGCAAGUCCUGAAACGAACGAAUGCAAUGGUAACGCUCUAUGUUCAAACACAGAAGGUUCAUACAACUGCCGUUGUCUUAGUGGUUAUCGAGGCGAUGGGAGAAACUGCACCGAUAUAAACGAAUGUGGAAAUGCGGAAACAAAUGAGUGUGACAUUAAAGCUCAAUGUUCAAACACAGAGGGUUCGUAUAAUUGUCGAUGUCUUGGUGGAUAUCAGGGUGAUGGUAAAAAUUGUUCAGAUAUCAAUGAAUGUGCGAGCCCUGAAACAAAUGAGUGCCACUCUAAUGCAGCAUGUAACAACACUGAUGGGUCGUUUGUUUGUCGUUGUCUCGAUGGAUACCAAGGCGACGGUAAAGCUUGUACAGAUAUUAAUGAAUGCGAAAAUCCCGCGGCCAGCGGAUGUCAUCCCAGUGCCGUGUGCACAAACACCGAGGGCUCUUACACGUGCCGGUGUUUAGUAGGAUAUCUGGGUGAUGGCAAGAAUUGCAAAGAUCGUGACGAGUGUGCCGAGAAGAACGACACAUGCGCAGCCAAUGAAGACUGUGUUAAUACGAUUGGAUCGUACACCUGCAACUGCUCCCCGGGGUAUACAGGAGAAGCUGGCAAUUGUCAAGAUAUAAAUGAGUGUUCGAGCCCUGAAAUGAAUGACUGUGAUUCCAAUGCACUAUGCAACAACACCGAUGGAUCCUACCUUUGUAGCUGUCGUGGUGGAUAUCAGGGAGAUGGUAGAAUCUGCAAUGACGUCGACGAAUGCGAAAAUGGCGAGAACUCUUGCGAUGUUAAUGGAAAUUGUUCUAACACCCUGGGAAGUUAUAUGUGCAGAUGCAAACAAGGUUUUAAUGGUGAUGGCCAGACAUGCCGAGAUAUUGAUGAAUGCGCAGAGAAAGAUGCGUGUGGCGCCAAUGAGAAAUGUGUGAACACAGUUGGUUCUUUCUCCUGCAGUUGUGCCCCUGGGUAUGCUGGAGAGGCAGGAAAUUGUCAAGAUGUUGACGAGUGUGCAAACCCUAACACGAACGAUUGUGAUCGCAAAGCGCUGUGUAACAACACUGACGGGUCGUACAUCUGUCGCUGUCUCAGUGGCUAUCGGGGCAAUGGAAGAAACUGCACAGACAUCGAUGAGUGUGCCUCUGAUGACACAAAUGAUUGCCAUACAAAUGCUGUUUGCAACAAUGCUAAUGGAUCCUAUGUCUGUGGAUGCAAACCUGGAUACCAGGGAGAUGGAAAGAAUUGUACAGCUGUGGUCACUGGAUGUGUACCAAUUUGUGGUGCAAACGCGAGCUGCCUGGAAACUGGUGCGCGUCCUUUGUGCGAAUGCAAUCCUGGAUUCGAGGGUGAUGGCUAUGUGUGUGCAGAUAUCAAUGAAUGUGGUAACGGGUUAAAUUCUUGUCACGUGAAUUCAGAAUGCACUAACACCCCAGGAAGUUACGUUUGUCGGUGCGUUCAGGGAUUUUUUGGAGAUGGUCAUACAUGCGCAGAUCGUGACGAGUGCUCAGAAAACAAUGGCACUUGCGCCGCUAAUGAAAACUGUGUCAACACCGUCGGAUCAUACGCGUGUAAUUGUGCCUCCGGAUACAGUGGAGUGGCAGGGAAUUGCCAAGACAUCGACGAAUGCCAAAAUGGAAACAGCUCAUGUGAUGCAAACGCCUUGUGCUUCAACACGGAUGGGAGCUACGUGUGUCGUUGCAACCUGGGUUUUGAUGGCGACGGCCAUUCAUGUCUUGAUCGCGACGAAUGUGCAAAGAACGACACAUGUGCAGUUAAUGAAAACUGUGUUAACACCGUAGGAUCUUACACUUGCAAUUGCGCUCUUGGGUACACUGGAGACGCAGGAAAUUGCCAAGAUAUCGACGAAUGUCCAAGUCCAAAAACAAACGAGUGUGACCCGAACGCUCGGUGUACCAAGAGUGAAGGUUCAUAUGUGUGUAGCUGUCGUAAUGGAUAUCAGGGUGACGGAAACACCUGCAGCGACGUUGACGAGUGCGUACCUUCUGAAUCAAAUGAGUGUGAUCCCAACGCUGUGUGCAAUAAUACAGACGGCUCAUAUGUCUGUCGCUGUGACAUUGGAUAUAAAGGAGAUGGGAGAGACUGCUCAGAUAUCGACGAAUGUUUCAACCCUGAAACAAACCAAUGCGCUCCUAACGCACUAUGCAGCAACAGCGAGGGAUCUUACACCUGGGGCUGCAGAGAAGGAUACAGAGGCGACGGGAAAAGUUGCACAGAUAUUGAUGAAUGCGAAAAACCCGACGCCAAUGAGUGCGCUACAAACGCUGUAUGCAACAAUACUGAAGGAUCCUAUAUCUGUCGCUGUCUUAGAGGGUAUACAGGAGAUGGAAGGACUUGUACAGAUCUCGACGAAUGUGCCCAAAAUGACACCUGCGCAGCUAAUGAAGUGUGCGUCAAUGCGGCGGGUUCUUAUACGUGCAGUUGCGCCCCUGGGUAUGCUGGGGAGGCAGGAAGUUGUCAAGACAUCGACGAAUGUACAAGUCCAGAAACAAACAAGUGUGAUCCGAACGCGCGGUGUACCAACAGUGAAGGGUCUUAUGUCUGUCGCUGUCGAGAUGGAUAUCAGGGUGACGGCAGCACCUGCACAGAUAUCGAUGAAUGCGAAGAACCCGACGCCAAUGAGUGCUCUCCUUCCGCGUUAUGCAGCAAUACUGAAGGAUCCUAUGUUUGUCGCUGUGUAAAGGGAUAUACUGGAGAUGGCAGGUCUUGUACAGAUCUCGAUGAAUGUGCCGAGAAUGACGCCUGUGCAGUUAAUGAAGUGUGUGUUAAUACGGUUGGUUCUUAUACAUGCAGUUGCGCCCCUGGGUACAGUGGGGAGGCAGGAAGUUGUCAAGACAUCGACGAAUGCGCAAACUCCGAAACAAACCAGUGUGAUCCCAACGCUGAGUGUACCAACACUAACGGGUCGUAUACUUGUCUCUGUCUCAAUGGAUUCCAGGGCGAUGGAAGAAACUGCACAGGUGUUGUGUCAGGUUGCUCCCCAUCCUGCGAUCCUAACGCAAGUUGUCAGGAUCAGGAUGAGCGCCGUGUGUGUGUUUGUAACACUGGUUUCCAAGGAGACGGUAGCCAAUGCGGAGAUGUUAAUGAGUGCAUCAGUAACGAGCUAAACGAGUGCUCGCCCAACGCUGUGUGCAACAACACCGAAGGAUCCUAUGUCUGUAAUUGUGUGGAAGGAUAUGAAGGAGAUGGAAAGAACUGCACAGACAUCGAAGAAUGCGAAAGUGUUGAAAACGUCUGCCAUGCUAACGCGAUGUGCUCCAAUACCUUUGGAAGUUAUGUGUGUCGUUGCAUCCGGGGUUUUGACGGUGAUGGUCUUACAUGUGUAGAUCGCGACGAAUGCAGACAGACUAACGACACGUGCGGUGCUGAUGAAGUGUGUGUGAACACGAUUGGAUCAUACUCGUGCAACUGCGCCUUAGGUUAUACUGGAGUGGCUGGCGAUUGUCGAGAUGUUGACGAAUGUAUUACAGGAGAAGCGACCUGUCACGUUAACGCCAUGUGUUCCAACACGGUUGGAUUGUAUGUUUGUAGAUGUAAAAAAGGAUAUGAGGGAGAUGGAAGGACGUGUGGAGAUGUCGAUGAGUGUGAGGACGGCUCAGCUAGUUGUCCCGCAAACUCGGACUGCGUGAACACUGACGGAUCGUACAGCUGCAGAUGUGUUGAGGGAUACCGAAGAAACGAGACAGGAGACUGCACAGAUUUGGACGAAUGUUCUGAGGGACUUUCCGACUGUGAUCCCAAUGCAUAUUGCACUAAUACUGAUGGCUUGUUUAGCUGCACCUGUAAUCCUGGUUAUACUGGAAAUGGAACGACCUGCAUCGCUGUGGGUGUUUGUGAUAGGCCAUGCUCUGGUAACGAGGAAUGUCUAGAAGUAGAUGGCAAAUACCAGUGCACCUGCAAAUCUGGAUUCGCACGCUUGGGUGAUGUUUGUCUAGACAUCGACGAAUGUAAGGCUGAAACAGCCGACUGCCCCAGCAAAGCAGAGUGUGUGAACACAGAAGGCUCGUACAACUGCACGUGCAAAGCAGGGUUUACUGGAAACAACACAUUUUGCACAGAUAUUGAUGAAUGUGCGGCGGAGUUGACUGAGUGUGAUGUUGAUGCUGACUGUUUAAACACCGAGGGCUCCUUCAUCUGUGCUUGUAAGGCUGGUUUUACAGGAAAUGGAACAAGUUGUAAAGAUAUUAAUGAGUGUGAGCGAGACCCCACAGCAUGUGACAAGAACGCUCUGUGCAAUAACAUGGAUGGCUCCUACGAGUGCACUUGUAAAGAUGGCUUUCGAGGCAACGGAAUCAACUGUACAGAUAUCGAUGAGUGUUACAUCUUUAAUGUGACGUGCGGGCGUGGUGCCGAAUGCGUCAAUACAGAUGGCUCAUACAAAUGCCAGUGUUCUACGGGAUUCAACGAAGAGCUCGAUGGAAAUUGUUCCGACAUUAACGAAUGUGAGACAGGAUCAAAUGAUUGCGAUGUUAAGGCUAACUGUACAAACUCCGAAGGAAGUUACUCGUGUCGAUGUAGGGCUGGGUUUGAUGGAGAUGGCAAGGUUUGCCGAGAUAUUGACGAGUGCAUUACCAAUCCUUGCGAUGUCAAUGCAGCGUGCUUAAACACAAACGGCUCCUUUGAGUGUACGUGUCGUCCUGGAUUUGAUGGAGAUGGAAAAACGUGCGCAGAUAUUGAUGAAUGUUUGAUCUCCAACCCGUGUGACAAAAACGCUGACUGCUUGAACACAAAUGGCUCAUUCAUCUGUACCUGCAGAAAAGGAUUCACCGGAAAUGGAACAUCCUGUGCAGACAUUGACGAGUGUUCAAAGAAUGGCAGCCCCUGUGACGAAAAUGCGAUUUGUUUGAACGAGGAUGGAUCCUACACUUGCACUUGUAAAGAUGGGUUCACAGGAAGUGGGAUAGUCUGUAAUGAUAUUGACGAGUGCGCAACCAAUCCUUGCGAUCUCAAUGCAGCGUGCCUAAAUACAAACGGCUCCUUCGAGUGUACGUGUCGUCCUGGAUUUGAAGGAGAUGGAAAGACAUGUACAGAUAUUGAUGAGUGUGUGCUUUCCAAUCCGUGCGACAAAAAUGCAGUCUGCGUCAACACAAUCGGUUCAUCGAUCUGUACUUGCAGAAUGGGAUUUACCGGAAAUGGAUCAAUCUGCACAGACAUCGACGAGUGCAGUACGAAUGGCAGCCCAUGUGACGAAAACGCGGACUGCUUAAACAAUGAAGGCUCAUACACUUGUACCUGCAAAGACGGGUUUACCGGAAAUGGAACGCUUUGUUCUGAUAUUGACGAGUGUGCCACCAAUCCCUGUGAUGCAAAUGCAUUCUGCUUGAACACCAAAGGCUCAUAUGAGUGCACUUGUCUUCCUGGAUUUGAAGGAGAUGGAGAAACAUGUACAGAUAUCGAUGAAUGUGCACCUGAAACCAAUCCCUGUGACGAGAAUGCUAUUUGUACCAACAACAACGGCUCUUACAGCUGUAUUUGUGAGCAGGGUUUUACAGGAGAUGGGGAAAGUUGCGAAGAUUUCGAUGAAUGCUCUGCUGAUCCCAGUCCGUGUGAUAAGAAUGCAGAUUGUGCGAAUACCGACGGUUCUCACAUCUGUAUUUGUAAAGAAGGAUUCUCUGGAGAUGGAUCAACUUGUAUAGAUAUUAACGAGUGUUCUCAAGAUUCAAGUCCUUGUCACAAAAACGCUGACUGUGCGAACAGUGAAGGUUCUUACAGCUGUACUUGUAGACAAGGUUUUAGUGGAAAUGGAACGUCUUGUACAGAUAUCGACGAAUGCUCCGCUGAUUCUAGUCUUUGUGAUGUAAAUGCUGAUUGCACCAACAGCGCAAGUUCUUACAGCUGUUCCUGUAAACAAGGGUUUACUGGAAAUGGCACAAUAUGUACAGACAUCGAUGAGUGUUCUGCGGACACCAAUCCCUGUGACGAAAGCGCUGAUUGCACCAACAGUGACGGUUCGUACAGCUGUAUUUGUAAAGAGGGGUUCGCCGGAAACGGGACGGUUUGUGAAGACAUCGAUGAGUGCUCUGCAGAUACCAAUCCCUGUGACGAGAACGCUGAUUGCGCCAAUAAUGAUGGUUCGUACAGCUGUACUUGCGAACAGGGGUUCACUGGAAACGGGACGGCUUGUGAAGACAUCGAUGAGUGUCUAGCUGAUUUCACUCCAUGCGACAAGAACGCUGACUGCGCCAACAGUGAUGGUUCGUACAGCUGCUCCUGUAAGCAGGGGUUCACCGGAAACGGGACGACUUGUGAAGACAUCGAUGAGUGCUCUGCAGAAACCAAUCCCUGUGACGAGAACGCCGAUUGCGCCAAUAAUGACGGUUCGCACAGCUGCACUUGUAAAAAGGGGUUCACUGGAAACGGGACGACUUGUGAAGACAUCGAUGAGUGCUCUGCAGAAACCAAUCCCUGUGACGAGAACGCUGAUUGCGCCAACAGUGACGGUUCGUACAAAUGUACUUGUAAACAGGGGUUCACUGGAAACGGGACGACUUGUGAAGACAUAGAUGAGUGCACUUCGGAUACCAAUCCCUGUGACGAGAGCGCUGGUUGCGCCAACAGUGACGGUUCGUACAAAUGUACUUGUACGCAGGGGUUCACUGGAAACGGGACGGCUUGUGAAGACAUCGAUGAGUGCUCGGCGGAUGCCAGUCCCUGUGACAACAACGCUGAUUGCGCGAAUAGCGACGGUUCGUACAGCUGUAUUUGUAAACAAGGUUUCACGGGAGAUGGUUUGGCUUGUACAGAUAUCGAUGAGUGUUCUCCUGAAUCAAGUCCUUGUGACGUAAACGCUAAUUGCUCAAACAUUGAGGGUUCAUAUAGCUGUACUUGCAAACAGGGUUUCACUGGAAACGGAACAACUUGUCAAGAUAUCAAUGAGUGCUCUGCGGGUGUCCAUCCUUGUGACGAGAACGCUGGUUGCGCCAACAGUGACGGUUCCUAUAGGUGUACUUGUAAACAGGGGUUUACCGGAAACGGGAAGGCUUGUGAAGACAUCGAUGAGUGUUCUGCAGAUACCAAUCCCUGUAACGAAAACGCUGAUUGCGCCAACAGCAACGGUUCCUAUAGCUGUGCUUGUAAACAGGGGUUCACCGGAAACGGGACGACUUGUGAAGACAUCGAUGAGUGCUCAGCGGAUGCCAAUCCCUGCGACAAGAAUGCCAUUUGUGCCAAUCGUGACGGUUCGUACAACUGUACUUGUAAAGAGGGGUUCACUGGAAACGGGACCACCUGUCAAGACAUCGACGAGUGCUCUGCAGAUAUCAAUCCCUGUGACGAGAACGCUGACUGCGCCAACAAUGACGCUUCUUACAGCUGUACUUGCAAACGGGGGUUCACUGGGAACGGGACGACUUGUGAAGACAUGGAUGAGUGUUCUGCAGAAACCAAUCCCUGUGACGAGAACGCUGAUUGCGCCAAUAUUGAUGGUUCCUAUAGCUGUACUUGUAGACAGGGGUUCACUAGAAAUGAGACGGCGUGUGAAGACGUCGAUGAGUGCUCCGUGGACGCCAAUCCCUGCGACAAAAAUGCUAUUUGUGCCAAUAGUGACGGUUCAUACAGAUGUACUUGUAAAGAGGGGUUCGCUGGAAACGGGACGACUUGUCAAGACAUCGAUGAGUGUUCUGCAGAUACCAAUCCUUGUGACGAGAACGCUGACUGCGCGAAUAAUGACGGUUCGUACAGCUGUACCUGCAAACAGGGGUUCACUGGAAACGGGACGGCUUGUCAAGACACUGAUGAGUGCUCCGCAGAUACCAAUCCCUGUGACAAGAAUGCAGAUUGCACCAACAGUGAUGGUUCUUUCAGCUGUACUUGCAAAAAGGGUUUCACUGGAAAUGGGACAACUUGUGAAGACAUCGAUGAGUGCUCUGCGGAUACCAGUCCCUGUGACGAGAACGCUGAUUGCGCCAACAACGACGGCUCGCACAGCUGUACUUGCAAAAAGGGGUUCACUGGAAAUGGGACAACUUGUGAAGACAUCGAUGAGUGCUCUCCGGAAUUCAGAUCCUGUGACGAUAACGCUGAUUGUGCCAACAGUGACGGUUCGUACAGUUGUACUUGUAAACAGGGGUUCACUGGAAACGGAACGACGUGUGCAGACAUUGAUGAGUGCUCUGCGGAUACCAGUCCCUGUGACAGCAACGCUGAUUGCACGAAUAACGAUGGUUCGUUCAGCUGUACUUGUAAACAAGGUUCCACGGGAGAUGGUUUGACUUGCACAGAUAUCGAUGAAUGUUCUACGGACUCUAAUUCUUGUCACAAGAACGCCAUCUGCGCCAAUAAUGACGGUUCGUACAGCUGCACCUGUAAAAAGGGGUUUACUGGAAACGGAACAGCUUGUGAAGACAUCGAUGAGUGUACUCUGGAUUUCACUCCCUGUGACCAGAACGCGGAUUGCGCCAACAGUGAGGGUUCAUACAGCUGUACUUGUAAACAGGGGUUCACCGGAAACGGGACGGCUUGUGAAGAUGUCAAUGAAUGUUCAUUGGGUUCCAGUUCUUGUGACGAAAACGCCGAAUGCAGCAACAGUGAUGGAUCUUACAGCUGUAGUUGCAAACAGGGAUUCACUGGGGAUGGCCUCAUCUGUACAGAUAUCGAUGAGUGUUCCUUGGAAUCCAAUUCUUGUGAUCAAAACGCUUAUUGCAACAACAGUGAUGGUUCCUACAGCUGUAUUUGUAAACAAGGAUUCACAGGGGAUGGUAUAAACUGUACAGAUACCGAUGAGUGUUUAGUGGUUUCCGGUCCUUGUCACCAAAACGCUAACUGCAGCAACAGUGAUGGAUCGUACAGCUGUUUUUGUAAACUAGGAUUCACUGGAAAUGGCAUAACGUGUACAGAUAUCGAUGAAUGUUCUGCGGAAUCAAGUCCUUGUGACGAAAAUGCCGAUUGCACCAACAAUGAAGGUUCUUACAGCUGUUCGUGUAAACGGGGAUUCACUGGGGAUGGCAUAACGUGUACAGAUGUCGAUGAAUGUUCUGCUGAUUUAAGUCCUUGUGACGAAAAUACCAACUGCAUAAACAAUGACGGGUCUUACAUCUGUACUUGUAAUCGGGGAUUUUCUGGAGAUGGAAAAACCUGUGAAGAUAUCGAUGAAUGUUCUGCGGAUACCAGUCCUUGUGACCAAAACGCUAAUUGCGCCAACAGUGACGGUUCCUACAGCUGUACUUGUAAAGUGGGAUUUUCUGGGGAUCGUGUGGCAUGCGCUGAUAUCGAUGAAUGUUCAGCGGAUAUCAGUCCUUGUGACCAAAACGCUAAUUGCACAAAUAGUGACGGUUCCUAUAGCUGUACUUGUAAAAAGGGAUUUACUGGAGAUGGCCUCACUUGUACUGAUAUUGAUGAAUGUUCAGCGGAUACCAGUCCUUGUGACAAAGAUGCUAACUGCACCAACAGUGACGGUUCCUAUAGCUGUACUUGUAGAGAGGGAUUUACUGGAGAUGGCCUCACUUGUACAGAUAUUGAUGAAUGUUCUGUGGGUACCAGUCCUUGUGACCAAAACGCUAAUUGCACCAACAGUGACGGUUCCUAUAGCUGUACUUGUAGAGACGGAUUCACUGGGGAUGGCGUGGCGUGUGUAGAUAUCGAUGAAUGUUCUCCGGAUACUAGUCCUUGUGACCAAAACGCUGAUUGCACCAACAGUGAGGGUUCCUACAGCUGCUCUUGUAAGCAGGGCUUUACUGGGGAAGGCAGCACUUGUACAGAUAUCGAUGAAUGUUCUACGGAUCCUAGUUCAUGUGACGAAAACGCUGAUUGCUCCAACACUGACGGCUCAUACAGCUGUACGUGUAAACAGGGAUUCGAUGGCGACGGGAAAACAUGUAAAGAUUCCAAUGAGUGUUUGACAGAACCUGGUCCAUGCGGUGAUAACGCCGACUGUACCAACACUAAUGGUUCAUACAGCUGUACUUGUAAAAAAGGAUUCACGGGAGAUGGCUUAACCUGUGAAGAUAUCGACGAGUGUUCAGCGGAUAGCAGCAUCUGUGAUGAAAACGCAGAUUGCAUCAACAGUGACGGUUCAUAUAGCUGUGCAUGUAAACGGGGAUUCACUGGAGAUGGCUCUGUUUGCCAAGAUAUCGAUGAGUGUGCUGCAGACACCAACCCGUGUGAUGUGAACGCUAAUUGUUCCAACAAUGAAGGUUCAUACAGCUGCAGUUGUAGGGAUGGGUUUGACGGCGACGGAAAAACUUGUAAAGACUUCGACGAGUGUUUAACAGAACCUGGUCCGUGUGGUGAUAACGCACAAUGCACCAAUACUGAAGGCUCUUUCAACUGUUCUUGUAAACAAGGAUUUACUGAAAAUGGUGUAGUUUGCCAAGAUAUCAACGAAUGUUCAGCUGAUCCCAAUCCGUGUGCUUCAAACGCUGAUUGUUCAAAUUCUGAUGGAUCUUUCAGCUGUACAUGUAAAGCAGGUUUCACAGGAGAUGGAAUUUCAUGCCAAGAUAUCAACGAGUGCUCUGCGGACUCCAUUUCAUGCGACAAGAACGCUGACUGUAUUAAUAGUGAUGGUUCGUACAGCUGCACCUGUAAGCGAGGAUUUGAUGGAGAUGGAGAAAGCUGUAAAGACUUCGACGAGUGCUCCUUAGAGCCAAGUGUUUGUGGUGAUUACGCCGCUUGUACCAAUAGCGACGGCUCUUACAACUGUUCUUGUCGACAAGGAUUUACUGGAAGUGAUGGGAUUUGUCAAGAUAUCGAUGAAUGUUCCGCCGAUCCCGGUCUGUGUGACAAAAACGCUAGAUGUUCGAACGUCGAUGGAUCAUACAGUUGUGAAUGUGAAACAGGAUUUACAGGAGAUGGAACAACAUGCCAGGAUAUCGACGAGUGUUCUGCGGACUCCAGUCCUUGUGAGCGCAAUGCCUAUUGUAUAAACAGUGACGGUUCUUACAGCUGCACCUGUAAACAAGGAUUUACUGGAAAUGGUGGAGUCUGCCAAGAUGUCGAUGAAUGCUCUGCGGAUUCUAGUCUAUGCGACGAGAACGCAGACUGCACCAACAAUGACGGUUCUUACAGCUGUACUUGUAAACAAGGCUUCGGUGGCGAUGGGAAAACUUGUAUAGAUAUUGACGAGUGCUCAGCGGAGCUUAGCCCAUGUGACGAAAAUGCAGACUGUUCUAAUAGUGAUGGUUCCUACAGUUGUACGUGUAAGGCAGGGUUCACUGGCAAUGGAACAACGUGUCAAGACAUUGACGAGUGUUUAGCGGAGCGUAGCCCGUGUGACGAAAAUGCUGACUGUUCUAAUACUGGAGGUUCCUACAGCUGUACGUGUAAGACAGGGUUCACUGGGGAUGGGACAACGUGCCAAGCUGUCGCUCCAAAAAUUGAUCUUGGAGUGAUAAUUGCCGCAUUAUCUGAUCCAACACUGAAGAUCAUGAAAGAAACUGUGGAAGUUAUCAUCGACGAAUACGGAACAAAGAAUUCACGCUACUCAUUAAUCACAUGUGGAGAACAAGCCAGUACCAAGAUCGAUUUCAUAGAUGACUUUAAGAACACGCAAGGCUUUAAAGACGCGAUAAACGCGGUGGUGAGACCUAAAGGGACACCAAACCUAAAAAAUGCUCUCGAUCAAGCAAAGAAAAUGUUUGAAAGUGCUCCACCGCGACCAGGCGCCAAGAAGAUACUGGUAGUUUUGAUUGAUCAAAAGUCAGUGAACUAUCCUCAAGUGUUGUCAAUCUCCGCCAAAGAGCUUGAAGAUAGCGGUAUUACCGUCUUGCCCGUUGCAGUUGGUUCUCUGGCAAACUUAGAUGAAUUGUCAAGACUUGCUCCCAGCAAAGGAAUCGUUAUCCAAAUAAACGAUGACGAUGAUGGAACUGGUAUUGCCCAAAAGAUCAUUAAUGACGGUGUGAAAGGUUCUGAUGCAUGUACAAAGUGCCAUACCAACUCGGUAUGUCUGAGUAAAGAUGAUGUCUUCUCGUGCAUGUGCAAAAUGGGGUAUACUGGCAACGGUCAGAAUUGUGCAGACGUUGACGAAUGUGAAUUAAGAAUUGAUAUUUGUGACGAGAAUGCUUUUUGCAUCAACAACAUUGGUUUGUACGAGUGCUCCUGUAUGGAUGGGUACAUUGGGGACGGCUUUGAUUGUAGAGAAAAAGAAGAAAACAUUGGUGCAACUGGAGGCUUCACAGUCAUAAACGAGCAUUUAGCAAUUUCCUGUGGAAAGACGCUGAUACAGGUGAUUCUGGACAAGUCGUUCCUUAUGGGCAUGCGCAGAACUGACAUUCGCCUAAACAACCCGAAAUGCCUUCCAACAGAUAACGGGACACACUUCCUGUUCCAAACAAACUUUACUUCGUGUGGAACGAAGCUGAUAGAUACGGAUAACUUCUUCAUUUACGAAAACACUAUCCAAGAGAAGCCGCCACAAGGCAUCAUUACAAGGCUAGCGGACGUAGAUAUUCCAUUCAGAUGCUGUUACCUAAAGGAGGUCCAAGCCAGCGCCAUUCAGCUAGAAACCAGCAGAAAAAUUAUCCGAGGCAACGCCUCUGAUGUUGGAAUGUUCGACAUAAACUUGGGAGUCUUCAAAGAUCAAGGGUAUACUCGUCCCUAUGGUGAUCAAAGCUUCCCUAUUGGAGUAAAAGUCAAUGAAAGAAUCUUCCUUCAACUUAGUGUUGACUCUAAAGAUCGUCGCUUGGCUGUGCAGGCUCAACGAUGUCACGCAACUCCCGAUCCGAACCCGAACAGUACCAUACAGUACAAUCUCAUUCUGAAUGGGCCGUGGUUUGCAACUCAUCAGAUCCAAACUCAGAGUGUUUCAAAAACUGUGACGUACUUCCCAGGAACCGCCAUCGCAGAGCCCUUCCAUAUAGUGCACCUGUGCACACCACGUUACUCAGCCAUGGCCCUAUUUGGUUAACGAACCCUGAACAAUUUAAAGAUUCUCCAGGCCAGCACCCCUUGUUGGGUGUUUCUUUCGUCCUCGGAAUGUUUGCUCUGCUGUGUGUUGUGGUGUUUGCAGUUGUCCGUCAAAAAAUGAUCACAGUCAAGAGAAGCGGAUCACCAGCAGAUGUAUGACAGAAAACAAGAGAGAAUUAUUCUAUUAUUUUUAUAAAUUAUCGCGUUAAAGAAGGUGCUAACGGCAAUUAAUAAUCGCGCGGAGACAAGGGGUUCCUGUUUUUCCAAGUUAAAAACUUAUCUCUAGUAGUGGCCGAAUUAAAGCGAAAUAAAACAAGAACAACAUUUUUCGUAAACUGUGAAAGAUAUUUUAGCUCACCACACUAGGAAAUACUGCCUUUUUGAGACAUUUUAAAAUCUGGAAGCGUCUUGUAGAUGAUCUUAAUACUGUACUACUAAACCUUAGCUUGGUAAUUUUAAACUGAAAUGUCACUCCGCAGAAAUAAGGACGUCUCUAAGGUUAUUUGAGGAUUGACUAGUCAGACUUAAUUAAUAUCAGGCGAGUAAAAAACCCUUAUCCCAAUAUCAGCUUGGUUGAAAAAUAAGACAAAGGCAGUAGAAAUUAUGAGGUUUAGUGGGAAUUCGAAAUCUCCCUCAAGUAGGUGACAAACUUGUGGCAAGACUUACUCACGCUAUUGUAAUGUUAUGAACAUGUCAAAGCGAAUUUUUUUGUGAGUACUUGUUCAUUUACAAGUCUUCCAGAUAAGCUGUGGUUGAUUAAGAAAAAUCUCUGAACCUUUUUCUUAUCAACCCGAGUUUUUGUUAGCUUUAUUCAAGGGAAACCCCUAUUGCUGCGAUGUUUUAUAUAUUUAACGACAAGUAACAAGAGAGGUGCACGAGAUAUUGUUGGCGUUCACUUUCAAAGAUGAACUUAAAAAUAAAAAAGACUGCUGAACCCUU